GGAACCCGCGUCGGCACGCUUCCGAUCAAUUCAAGUUUAAACAAUGUUUCCAUUCUUUCAAAUCCAACCAACUACUAAACGACACGAGUCACAAUCUGCGAACAUGUCAAUGUUGUUUACGUCGGCACAAAACUUGUAAACAAUCUAUCGAUCAUUUCAAACCAUUUCAACAAACAAUCUCAAUUUUUUCCUUCAUGUUUUUUUUUCUUGAUUCGAAAACAUGAUUGUUUCUGCUCUUUUAACUUCUGUCGGAAUAAACACUGCUCUGUGUGUUUUGUUCUUCACACUUUACUCUAUAUUGAGAAAACAACCUAGUAAUUAUAAAGUUUAUAUACCAAGAUUGUUAGCUGAAGGAGCUUCACGAACAAGGCGUUUCAAUUUGAAACUGCUUAUUCCUUCCCCUGAUUGGGUUGCAAAAGCUUGGUCCAUUUCUGAACAGGAAUUGUUUUCGUCGUCAGGUUUAGAUGCUCUCGUUUUCAUGCGUCUCAUAACGUUUAGUUUGAAAAUAUUUGCUUUUGCGGGGGUUAUUGGGAUCUUUGUGCUUCUUCCUGUCAACUGUUGGGGGAAUCAGCUACAAGAUAUUGAUAUUCUUGAUUUUGCUGGAAAUUCUUUGGAUGUGUUUACUAUAUCAAAUGUAAACAGUGGCUCUAACUGGUUGUGGGUUCAUUUUUUUGCUGUAUAUGCUGUUUCUGUAUUCACAUGCUUUCAACUUCAUCAUGAAUAUAAAUACAUUGCUUCCAAAAGAAUUUCAUAUUUUUAUUCAUCCAAACCUCAGCCGCAUCAGUUCACCGUUUUAGUUCACAGUAUUCCUACUUCUGUAAGUUGCAGUAUCAGUGACAGUGUUGAGAGGUUUUUUAAAGAGUUAUAUCCGUCUACGUAUCUCUCGCACGUCGUUAUUCGCCGUACAAACAAAAUCCAAACUCUCAUGAAUAAGUCGAAGAAUUUGUAUAAAAGGGUUGCUCAAUUACGUGCAAAUCGUGCUCAGCAAAAGUAUAAGCAUGGUGGUGGUGUCCUUGGACUGUUUGAAUCUAAAGAUAGUCUUAUCGAUCAUUAUGGAAAGAAGUUGGAGGACAUUGAGGAGGAUGUAAGAUUGAAGCAAGCAGAGGCAUCAUUGAUAGCAGAAGAGGCUCGAGCUGCGUUUGUGUUCUUCAAGACGCGUUACGCUGCUGCAUCUGCUUUCCAUUUGCAACCAUCAAUCAAUCCAACUCAGUGGAUUACUGAGCCAGCUCCGCAACCUCAUGAUGUUUAUUGGCCUUUCUUUUCUGAAUCUUUCAUGAAACAAUGGAUUUCUAAGUUGGUGGUUAUAGUUGUGUGUAUUCUUUUCACAAUCUUGUUCCUUAUACCAGUCGUAAUCGUACAAGGGCUUACCAAUCUGAAACAACUCGAAGUUUUGUUUCCUUUCUUAAAAAAUCUUUUAGCCGUAAAAUUUGUUACUCAAUUGAUUACAGGAUACCUUCCGAGUCUUAUUCUUCAGAUGUCUUUGAAGUUGGUGCCUCCUGUUAUGGGGUUUCUUUCCUCCAUUCAAGGAUACAUUUCAAACAGUGAUAUAGAAAUGAGCGCAUCUAAAAAAGUACAAUGGUUCACAGUAUGGAAUGUUUUUUUCGCAACUGUAUUUUCUGGCUCGGUUUUCCAUCAGCUUUAUAUCAUCCUUGAUCUGAGGGAAAUUACUGGACAACUAGCCGUUGCAGUCCCAGCGCAGGCAUCGUUUUUCAUAACUUACGUUGCCACUACGGGAUGGACAAGCGUUUCAUCGGAACUAUUUCAGAUAAUUCCUCUCAUUGUCAGUUUGAUAAAAAGGCCCUUCACAAAACAAGAAAGUGAAUUCGAAGCUCCGUCUAUGGUUUACCACAGAGAUCUUCCAAGGAUCCUUUUCUUUGGACUUCUUGGUAUUUCAUAUUUCUUCUUAGCUCCGCUAAUCUUACCGUUCCUCUUGGUCUAUCUCUGUCUUGCAUACAUCAUUUACCGAAACCAGUUCAUAAAUGUAUAUACGGCAAAGUAUGAAACUGCGGGGAGAUUCUGGCCUAUCGUACACGAUUCAAUGAUAUUUUCUCUAAUUCUUAUGCAACUCAUUGCAGUGGGAAGUUUUGCUUUGAAAAAACUUUCUCCAGCUUCGACUUGGACGCUUCCUCUACCAGUACUCACUCUAAUCUUUAAUUAUUACUGUCGAAGACGAUUCUUGCCUAUAUUUACUGCAUACUCCGCAGAGUGUUUAAUAAAAAAGGAUAGGGAAGACGAAAGCGAUACCGCAAUGACUGAAUUUUACAACGAAUUGUUAUCUGUAUAUAAAGAUCCUGCUUUGUUUCCAAUUCAACACUCAUCAAGUACUGAUAGUCUUGUUAGUCCACUUCUAUCUUAAGCUCAAUACCCAGUGAUCACAAUAUUCUACAAUAUGUAAUGUAAGAUUGCUAUUUCUGUAUAUUUUGAGUGCGAUAAGUGAGAGUAUAGUGGCCAUAGAGAUUAGAGUGCUUAAUUAUUGUCAUGUUUAGUUAGAAUAUGCAGCAAUUAAGUCAUUAGGAUUUAUUAUAGUGGAGAGGGAUUUGGAAUUGUUUGUAAAUUAUAAUGGUAGAAACUACAAGUAGCAAACAAUUUUGGUAUAGAAAGCAAACAUCACAAAGAUUUUAUUCAUUAUGAGAUGUUGUAAUUAGAAUUCACUUCAUUAGUUCUUCAAUUGCUUUAAAAGUAGAAGAAAUAAUGAUAGUACAAAGGCAAGAUUGAUUGUUUGGUUUUGGUUUGA